AUGAUUAGAAUCCAACGGCAAGGCCGUCAAACGUUCGCCAUACUGCCCAUCGACGAGGUCGCCAUAAUCAUGUCCAAGGAAGACGAUAUCGAUCUGGAACUACUGGCGACUACCGCUGAUGGAGAAUCGUUGAAUGAAUAUGCCACUGAUGUCGAGUUAGAGUGCUGGUUGUCCCGGUUGCGGUUGAUGAGCUUGUUCUUGACCCGCUCGAUGAGGACAGCUGAAGCGGACAUAAUGCUGCUGAAGUCGACAGCCGACAAGGCAUCGAUAGGCCAGCUGUUGUCGAACGAGGCCCCCUUGUACGUUGCAAUUCUGCGUUCCAUCUCUCUGCCGGAACUCUAUCUAAGGCAAGGUAUCCAUCGGCAGGUCGCACUCAGGCAGGGUAGCCGAGUCAGAAUCCAGUGCCUGUCUGCCGUUCCUCCUGCCUGCCGCAUUCAGGCCAUUGGAUCCUUCUUCCCCUUCCCAACCAGAGGCCUAGCAGGAACUAAGCGUAUCUUAAGACUAAACCCCGGUAAAUUCUUUUCCACGACCACGAAGAGGGACCUUUCAUUGGACACUGUCACACGCAUAAUGGAGACAAUCUGGGUUGCUCAAACAUAUGCGACUGACGGAGUAUUGCUGUAUUCAAUAAGUCGCGCUAUGCGGAUUCAGGCGUUCCAUCUGAUUCUCCUCGAGGUAGAACAGAUGCUGAACGAUAGCAACCUUCGAUUCGUCGCAUACCGAGAUCGUAUGCGCGACGUAUUGAAUAUCACAACUCACACACUUUCCUCCUGA